AAGUCUGUCGCACAGCGGUGGAGGAUUCAUGUAAUUUUCACAAUGUUGUAGCCGCCUUGUCAUCUGUUUGGGGCCAAAAGAAACACCGUCUCAUGAAAGUACUCGUCUGUUUUGGUGGGGGGGAUCUGCCAUCCGACACCGAACGGUUCUGUCUGCGCGAAACAGGGAAUGAACGACGAGACAGCAUCGGACAGCUGGAAGAGAAACUCCGGGGACUCCAGUAUUGAGCAAAUGCUGGCUGUGAAUCCCGGAAAGACGCCCAUCAGUCUGCUGCAGGAGUAUGGAACGCGGAUAGGCAAAACCCCAGUGUACGACCUGCUGAAGGCCGAGGGACAGGCCCACCAGCCCAACUUCACGUUCCGCGUCUCCGUCGGAGAGAUCAACUGCACCGGCCAGGGGCCCAGCAAGAAGGCAGCCAAGCAUAAAGCAGCUGAGGCUGCUCUGAAGAUGCUCAAGGGAGGCCUCGGGGAUCCAGCUGGAGUCAGUGUUGGAGUGGAUGGGUUUAUUGAAGUUGAUGUAUCUACUGAUGGAGACAGCUCUCAGUCAGAGAUGAAAACCUCAAGCAGUUCUCAGCAGUCUGAAUGUAACCCAGUGGGGGCUCUGCAGGAGUUGGUUGUGCAGAAAGGAUGGCGUUUGCCAGAAUACACCGUCACCCAGGAGUCUGGUCCAGCGCAUCGUAAAGAGUUCACUAUGACCUGUAGAGUGGAGAGAUUUGUAGAAAUUGGAAGCGGCACGUCCAAGAAGCUAGCCAAGAGAAACGCAGCCGCUAAGAUGCUCUCACGAAUACAUGAUGUGCCAGUAGACCUGAGGGGCAGCAAUGAGGCUGACGCAGAAGAAGAUACCUUUAAUUUGCAUAUGGGAAGCAAAGCAGAGUCGGGUAAAAGUAAAGGCUUUAGCUGCACGUGGGACUCUCUGCGUAACUCGGCUGGAGAGAAGAUCCUUCAGCUGCGCAGCCACCCUCUGGGGAUGCCCUCGGACUCAAACUUCUGCUCUUUGCUGCUCGACCUGUCCGCAGAGCAACGCUUCGAUGUCAGCUACCUUGAUCUUGAGGAGCGCAGUCUCAGCGGUCUGUGUCAGUGUUUGGUCGAACUGUCCACACAGCCAAUCACUGUGUGCCACGGCUUUGCUCCAAACGUAGACGCCGCUCGAGCCAACGCAGCCCACAAUGCACUGCAGUACCUUAAAAUCAUGGCAGGAGGGAAAUGAGAGACCACACUGAUUUAUUUUACAAAGACUGACUUGCCUCCACACAAUGCCAUCAUACAUUUCUUCUUUAAACAAUGGAAACAUUUUUUUUUUGUAUUAAAUUUUUAAAAAAGGACAAAUUAUACCUCAGA